UCGUUUCUUUCGUUUUAUAUUUGUAGAAAACGAAUUUGUACAGACAGUAUAAAAUAAGGAAGGAAUAAUGAUUUACGUAUCGGAAAAUGAGAUCUGAAUAUUUUUCUUGGAUUGCAGAUAUAAAUAAUGGCCUUCCAAUUGGACGAUCUUCUAAAAGAAGAUAAGAAGGAUGCAAAUUUAUUACCUGAUCUAAGUAAAGCAACCUGUAAUUCUCAAGAAGAAUUCCGGCGACUGCUCGAAAAUUGCCCUGAAUUUAAAAUUAAACCGGAAAAGGUAAAAAAAGAUGAUGCAAAAGUGCGCGAUAAAGAAUUUUCCUGGAAGCCAACCAGAAAAGAACUGAAAGCAUUUGGAAAGGAAUGGAAUUAUGGAAAUCCGAUACCUCCAGACAUGAGAGCUUUGAAUCUUCACGAAUUACAACAGGUUGCUAUUGAUUGGAGAAUGUUAACGCCGAUCAGACCAAAGCAUCGACAAGACGAAGAAAUGUUUUCCAGAUUGGUAGAAAUGGGAAAACUAGAAGCAAAAACAGUUGCUAAAGAACGACGAUCAAUUAUAAGCCCCAUUAGACGCAGUAAAAACCGUGCCGGUAUGAUCGAAAGCAGCGUAAAAACUUGUGCUGAGUGUGGAGAAGAAUAUUGCUUUGGUGAAUUUUGUGGCGAUGUUCUGUACGAUCUAUUUGUGAGGGUAACUGUUACGAUUCAGCAGCCGAAAGUGAAAGUGUCCGCCGACACAGAAGCGAUAAUAGCUAAUAUGGAUCGUAAAAAGAAACACAAGAGGAAGAAAAGAAUUAAGAAUAAAAACAGAUCGUCCAGAAAGAAUGGUAGAUUGUUAAUUAGACACAAAGGAAUAAAAUCUAUUGAUUUGGGAAGAAAGAGCAAUAAAGUCAAGAUCGAGAACGAGGGCGAUUCGAAACCUGUUAAACCAUUCAAAAGGAAAUGCAGCAAAUACCCUAAAAAAGGAUUUCGAAAAUAAGCGUAGAAAGUAACAUUUAGAAAAACUAGAAAAAUGAAUUUAAGUAAAUGAUUUUUUUUAAUAAUGAAAGUGAAAUAUGAUAAUCAUAAAUGUAAAACGUAUGUAUUCUAACGACAUUGUUGGUGUUCCCAACGAUGAGUAGAUUAAUUAGUAAAAAAAAAAAAGAAUAGAUACUGUACAAGUUUAUAUAAUGUAAAUAAUUUCAUAUAGGAAGUAGAAACUAAAAGAGAAUAAUGAAGGAACAGUUGAUGAAAAAGUAAAAUGAGAAACGAGGUUCUGUACGUUUUAUUAUCUGUCUAUAUUCUGUGGUCCCUUGAAACGUAGAAUAAACUAGCCUUCCUUAUACAAUAUUUAAAAACUGUAAUAACAAUUAAAUAUGUACAAAACAUUCAUUGUAACGAUAAUUAGUGGGCGGGCGCAGUGAAUGGUUGCAACUGAAUGUUGAAAAAUAUAAUUUUUAUUCCUCAUUUCAUUUACCUCUUUUUGCCUCUUCUUUGUUUUGUAAUGCAUUAUAUUUUUCGCUUAUACUUCUAUCCCAAAAAUGUCACAAUCAGAAAUGUAAGUACGGAACGAGAAAUAUUCUAUUUUCGCAUUUGUACCGAUUGCGCGAUUUUUUUUUUUUUUUUUUUUUUUUUUUUUUGUAGUAGCUUUGAUCAUGUAUUUUAAACUUACAGUUACGAAAUAUCUAAAUUGCAAGGACUUAUAUAAAUUUUCAGAAUUUAUAAUGAUAUCAUAAUUCAAAUAAGAAUAUGCAGCCGUUGGAAACAGAAUAUUUCUCUUGAAUUAUAUUUUUUCCAUCAAUUUUGAAAGAAAUUUAUAUCGAUUUCAACAUUAAAUCGUACGCUAUACAUAAUAUUUGAACUAACUGAAAUACACGCAUUUUACACAAAUAUAUCGAUAUAGAUAUCGUAAUAUCAGUAAUUACGUUAACACUUUUGGUGAAUAAAAUACAUCGUGAAUAACCAUGACAUUUCUGUUUCGUGGAAUAAUAUCCUUUUAUCUAGUCUGCACUUAGUUUCCUUUAUUCUAUAUUCGAUAUUUCUAUUAUGAUCAGAGUCUAGGUGCAUCACUAUCAGGUUAAUAAUAUUGCAAGCGUUAGGCCACUAAACUUAACUUCGUAUCAUACAUUUAUUUAUAUGAAGAGAAAGACUU